CCGUGAGUACGACACGAUGUAAGCCGCCAGCCUCGCCGUGGGUUUGUUGGCCGGCAAACCGGAGGGACGCUUUUAAAUAAUUCCGACGUUAGCGAUUGUUGCAGCAAUGUUUUACCAUAUUUCUUUGGAACACGAAAUCUUGCUUCACCCUCGAUACUUUGGGCCUAACCUCCUCAAUACCGUCAAACAGAAGCUCUUCACUGAGGUGGAAGGAACCUGCACUGGAAAAUAUGGAUUUGUGAUUGCAGUCACCACCAUAGACAACAUUGGAGCAGGUGUAAUUCAGCCAGGACGAGGAUUCGUGCUGUACCCUGUUAAAUACAAGGCCAUUGUCUUCCGCCCAUUCAAGGGGGAGGUUGUUGAUGCUGUGGUCACACAGGUCAACAAGGUUGGACUCUUCACUGAAAUUGGACCCAUGUCCUGCUUCAUCUCCAGACACUCUAUUCCAUCAGAAAUGGAAUUUGACCCUAAUUCCAAUCCACCCUGUUACAAGACCAGCGAUGAGGACAUAGUCAUCCAGCAAGAUGAUGAAAUUCGACUGAAGGUUGUAGGAACCAGAGUAGAUAAAAAUGACAUUUUUGCCAUUGGUUCUCUGAUGGAUGACUACCUCGGACUUGUGAGCUAAAGCUACCACAAGCCAUCCAGAACCGCCACCAUGGGGAUCAGAGAAGCGUUCUGAAGGCAACCUCUCCCUUCCCUGGUGCAGUGUCCUUGCACCGCUGCUCCACCUCUCAAAAGCUGCUCAACGUCAAUAUCCCUACCCUUGGGUCUGAGCCUGCGGGUGUGGUUGUGUUCCAAGGACUGAGCCAAAGGCAGCAAGUUCCUGUUCAAAAUGAGUCUGUGAAGCAGCAGUGUUUGGGGUCAUGGUCCUCCAAAUCGACUCCUCCCUGAACUAGCCACAGCGAUCAUUCUCUGCCCAAAGGCAGGCAGUGCUCACCCUCUCGUUCAUUCCAGAGGAGCCUGACCCCCCCAGGGCAAUAGUGUUCUGUUUCUAUAGUUUUAUAUCAGUGGCGUGCAAUGCACAUGUCCUGCAGCUCUCUGCCCCAGAACCGACACUGUGACAGUAGGGUCUACUUCAAACCCAUAAACUGCAAUGAAGAAGUGGCAUCAGCACCAGUGAGUGCAAACCCAGCCCCUCACAGUGUGCUAAUGGCAGCAUCUAAUCAUUGUCAGUUCUAUCCCAGACGUGCAGAACAUUCCAAAAAAAAAGCUGACUUUUUUUCCCUCCUGCUAUCUACAGCAGCGGAGCUGCCAUUUCGGACACUUUGGCUCCCCCUGUUGGUUGGUAAAUCUGGGACUAACUGAGGUUUAGGGUGUUGGCUGAAUCUUAAAACAGAUGCCUUGAAUGAAAUGUAUGAAUGGUAAUAAUUUCUGAUUCCCCAAUUUAAAAAUGUCCUUCAUUUGCUGGUCCUUCGUGGAACAUUUUGGGCUUUUUCCUAUUUUUAGUAGAAUUGUAAGCUGGCCGCAAAGAUCCCCAUGCAUUUCCUAUUUAAUAAAGAAAUUUUUGAUCUGGAAA